CGAUUCGGCAAAUUCCCAAUCGCUCGCAGCAAAAUCCCAUUCCAAACACUCAACUUUUACCUCCGACAAAUCUCAACUCUCUCUCCCCUCCCUCCCUCCCUCUCUUUCUCUCUCUAGGGUUUUGCGUACAAAUCGGAUAUGGCCGGCACUGGGAUCCACCCGUACCACCAGCAAUGGCAGCCCGCAGCCGCCGCUCCUCCGCCUCCCCCUCCGGCUGUUGGCUCUAUAGCUCCUCCUCCUCCUCACCACCUCGUCGACAACCCCAACCGACCCCUUACCGAUGAGGUUCGCACCAUAUUCAUCACUGGUCUUCCUGAGGAUGUGAAGGAGAGAGAGAUACAGAACCUCCUGAGAUGGUUGCCAGGAUACGAGGCCUCGCAGGUCAACAACAAGGGCGAGAAGCCUAUGAGUUUCGCGCUCUUUUCCACUGCUCAUCAAGCCAUUGCUGCCAAAGACGCCCUUCAGGGUAUGAUUUUCGAUUCGGAGUCGAAGGCUGUGCUGCACACGGAGAUGGCAAAGAAGAAUCUUUUUGUUAAAAGAGGAAUUGUAGGCGAUACAAGCCCUUACGAUCAGAGUAAACGUUUGCGAACUGGUGGUGACUACUCACAGGCUGGCUAUAGCAGUCCAUCUCCUUUUCAUCCUCCUCCUCCACCUGUUUGGGGGCCACACGGGUAUAUGGCUCCACCACCUCCUACGUAUGAUCCAUAUGGUGGUUAUCCUGUUCCUCCAGUACAAAUGCAUCCUCCUCCUCCUGUACCAGCACCGAGUAGUUAUGUACCUGUUCUGAACACUAAAGAUAACCCACCGUGCAAUACCUUAUUUAUUGGAAAUCUGGGAGAGACAAUUAAUGAGGAAGAACUGAGGGGCCUUUUCAGCUCACAACCUGGAUUUAAGCAAAUGAAGAUCUUAAGACAAGAAAGGCAUACUGUUUGUUUCAUUGAGUUUGAAGAUGUGAACAGUGCCACCAAUGUACACCAUGCUUUGCAGGGUGCUGUUAUCCCCAGUUCUGGUUCUGUAGGCAUGAGAAUACAAUAUUCAAAGAACCCAUUUGGGAAAAGGAAGGAUGGAAACCACCCUGGUGCUGUCCCUGCUGCCAAUGGAGCUCCACCGGCUAUGACAUACCAGUAGCUUGAAGGGGAUGUACUCUGUUCCUUAUGCUAGAGACAAUCACAACCACAUGAUAGGAUGCAUCUUGCAGCUGUUGCAUGCAUCUAUUUCAUAGUCACGUCAUCAGCAUUAGCAUCUCCCCUCAUGUGAAUGAAUGCGCUUAGUGGCAUCUUGAACAUACCAUUUGGCCAUGUUAUAACGUACUUGUGACAUGCAUUUCAGCAGUAUGUGUUAAUGCCUGGAUGUUAGGGGCUCAAAUUGUUAUCAUCUUAUAGCGUAUUUGUGACAUGCAUAUUUCAGCAGUAUGUGUUAAUGCAAUAUUAGGGGCAAAAAUAUUGUUAUCAUCUGUAGGGUGGUGGGUUGUGCAUUUGUCUACAGAUUAAAUUGUUGUAUGUCGAAAUUAGGAAUGACCAUCCAUAUAGACAUCUUGCUACCUUACAUUAUUUUUGAACUUAGGUUUGAGUGAUUAACUUAUCUCAACCAAUCAUCUGAAGGUGGUCCUCAGUUCUAUUUGAUGGCAUAACUUCCAUUCCGUUGUGAAUACUUAGGAAAACACACCAUUAGUUAUCAUGUUUUCCGUUUCCAUCACGUUUUUCAUUUCCAUCCCCACGACAUACUAAUAACUUAGACUAGUCAUAGAUCAUCGUUUAAGCGAGGAGCUAGACAUGCAGUUUUACCAUUCAAGAUGUUCGAAGCAUGACUUUUCAGAAAGAUGUUGGGUAUUAUAUACAUGCUAUGUGGUUUAUAUACAGGAUAUUCCAAUACCAAAUGACAAUGCACUAUUCAUUUGAGGAGGUCAGGUGUCUUCAGCUGCUCGUUUGUUUCAGGUAAUAUUACUUCACUAGGCAACCAUCAAGCAAUUUUCUUGUACCUCUGGCCUCGAGAUUAGUAGGUAUCUUGAUGUUCAUCGGCGAGAGGAAACACAUUUUUUCCAUAACUAGUUUGAAGCAAAUAUGAUGGAACUAUGCGUUGGUCCUAGCGUGCCAUUGAUUACUUGUAAGUGAACUGAAUUCAUAGGUUGUGAAGACUUACUGGAAAGUGAAGAAAAAUAGAAAGUGGGUAGUUUGCAGUUCUUGCUUCACUUUAUGCAAGCCCUACUUGACCUUAUUGGGUGCGGGUGCUCUUGAUUUUGACCAUACCCACUGAUUUUCUAUACGUGCUUUCGCAACUAGAAUGGAUUGACCCAUAGCAUGGACCGAUAUUCAUAGCCGUCG